GACCCCGCCCCGGCCGGGUCCAGCCCCGCCCAGCGGCAAGUUAAGGGCCCCCCAGUGCCAGACGCUCCAGACAGAUUGCCACUCUUGGGGGGCAAGAGGUGGUUGUCGUCAUGGCUACGGCGCUGACGACCGCGGUUCUGCGGGCAGCUGCUGUGGCCCCGAGACUGCGCAGCCCGGGAGGCACUGGGGGCGCCCGGAGGCUGAGCUGCAGCGCGCGGCGGCGGGCAGCGAGGGGCACCAGCCCGGAGCGCCGGCUCAGCACCGCCUGGGCGCAGGCCCAGCCCCCGCCAGAGGAGUCCGCGGGCGCGGAAGACGUCUCCCAGACGCCUGCCGCCGAGGCGCCGUCGUGGGUGUCGACUCCCACGGCCCUGGUGCCCCACGAGCCCCCUGAAGCUCCCCGGGGCCGCUCGCUGGUGCAGCGGGACAUCCAGGCCUUCCUGAACCAGUGCGGGGCCAGCCCGGGGGAAGCGCGCCACUGGCUCACGCAGUUCCAGACCUACCACCACUCCGCGGACAAGCCCUUCGCGGUCAUCGAGGUGGACGAGGAGGUGCUCAAGUGCCGGCGGGCCGUAUCCAGUCUGGCCUUCGCCCUGGCCUUCUUGCAGCGCAUGGACAUGAAGCCGCUGGUGGUCCUGGGGCUGCCCGCCCCCACGGCGCCCUCGGGCUGUCUUUCCUUCUGGGAGGCCAAGGCGCAGCUGGCCGAGAGCUGCAAGGUGCUGGUGGACGCGCUUCGGCACAACGCAGCCACUGCCGUGCCUUUUUUUGGCGGCGGGUCUGUGCUAGGCGCUGCAGAGCCGGCUCCCCAUGCUAGCUACGGCGGCAUCGUCUCGGUGGAGACAGACCUGCUGCAGUGGUGCCUGGAGUCGGGCAGCAUCCCCAUCCUGUGCCCCAUUGGGGAGACGGCCGCGCGCCGCUCUGUGCUUCUCGACUCCCUGGAGGUGACCGCGUCGCUGGCCAAGGCGCUGCGGCCCACCAAGAUCAUCUUCCUCAAUAACACAGGAGGCCUGCGCGACAGCAGUCACAAGGUCCUGAGUAACGUGAACCUGCCCGCCGACCUGGACCUCGUGAGCAACGCGGAGUGGGUGAGCACAAAAGAACGGCAGCAGAUGCGGCUCAUCGUGGACGUGCUCAGCCGCCUGCCCCACCACUCCUCGGCCGUCAUCACCGCCGCCAGCACGCUGCUCACCGAGCUCUUCAGCAACAAGGGGUCCGGGACCUUGUUCAAGAACGCCGAGCGGAUGCUACGGGUGCGCAGCCUGGACAACCUGGACCAGGGCCGUCUAGUGAACCUGGUCAACGCCAGCUUCGGCAAGAAGCUCAGGGACGACUACCUGGCCUCGCUGCGCCCGCGGCUGUACUCCAUCUACGUCUCCGAGGGGUACAACGCUGCCGCCAUUCUGACCAUGGAGCCCGUCCUCGGGGGCACCCCGUACCUGGACAAAUUUGUGGUGAGCUCCAGCCGCCAGGGCCAAGGCUCCGGUCAGAUGUUGUGGGAGUGCCUGCUGCGGGACCUGCAGACGCUUUUCUGGCGCUCCCGGGUCACCAACCCCAUCAAUCCCUGUUCUCUCACCAAGGAUGUCUUCACAAGAACCAGGUCCAAAUGGGGAGAAAAAGACAAGCUACAACAAGAGGAAUUGAGUUGAGAGAUCACAAGCAUACAGUACAGUAAGGAUUUUGAGAUUCUUGAAAAAGAGAGCCAUUGGGCAUGGUGGCUCAUGCCUGUAGUCCCAGCACUUUGGGAGGCUGAGGCUGGAGAAUCGCUUGAGCCAAGGAGUCUGAAACAAGCCUGGAUAACAAAGUGAGACCUCGUCUCUAAAAAAAUAAAGUAAAAAAUUAAAAAAAAAAAAAAAAGAGCCAAAGAACUGUGGGAAAUCUUAGAAUAGGGGAAAGAUCACGGGAGGACCAAGGUGGGGCUUAACCAGAUGUGGUCUUUUGAGAAACCCAAGAUCAGUCCCAGCCAAUGGCAAAGUGCCCUGUUGGGGAGAACAGAAAAGCAAAGCAAAACCAAAUGUCUAUAUAAAAUGUUUAUUUUUGGAAGACUGUGUGGUCUGGUGUUUGGGAGGGAACUCCAACCCACCAGGCCAACCAUGGAGCUAGAAACAGGCAACUGGAGGGGCAAGGCUGGCGCUGCCUGCUCCACCCCUAGACCAGGGCCUGUUCCGCUCUCAAGGUGAGCAACAGCUGGUACUGUUUCUGCCCCUGGCAUACCCUGAGAACCCAUGUGACUUCUAUAGUGCUCAGCCCCUUUGCCCCUCCUGGGCCUGAACCACUGUGUCAGCACACGCUCACUCUCAGUCUCUGAACAGCACUGCAGAGCCCAGCUGCAUCUGCCAGGUUCAAGAGGAAUUUUUCACAUUUGCUCACUUCUGAUCUCCAUCUUCCUUCUGUCUCCCACUUUCAGGACCCGCAUCCCAGCCCUGCCAUACUCCCUUCUCAGGGACAGGGUACCCAGGGGGCAGCUGGCCUCAGCUCUAACAAACAGGAAAAAAAACCUGUGAGGCAAUGAUGCCAGGGCUCCUACCCUCCCAAGCACUGAGCCCAGAUUUGGACAAACCAGCUGCCUCUUAAUGCAAAAAUGAAAAAAACAAUUUUAAAAA